ACGUUUGAACGUACAGCGGGGAAACACUGCCGCAGAUGUGUUCAUGUUAGGUAGAAGUGGUUUGUCUAAUGGCGCUAAUUCAACUUUACAGUCUAUGAAUUCAACUAGGUGUAAACCAACGCGACAAUAUGGAUGUUAGCUUUCAAUUCAGGGCGGUGCGGUAACUUAACGUAUUUGUUUCGAAAGUAUCGCAAGGCAUUAAAGGGCAACGCUAACGCUAAGGCUAAACAGCAUUAGCCUAGCUUAUUGGUUACGUCACGAGUGUAUGGUCUGUAACGUACUGGCCAACUCUAUCGUAACAGCUUGAGCCAAACAAACAAAAAGAGACCUAACACUCACGAAUAUGCUCAAGUAACACCUUGUGUGUGUGGUUUUCCUUAUUAUAAAUAACAGGCUGACACUCUUACAUUAAGAUGCCUAUCCGAGCAUAUUGCACUAUUUGCUCUGAUUUCUUCGACCACUCCAAAGAUGUUGCUGCAAUCCACUGCGGACACACUUUCCACUAUGAAUGCCUGCUCCAGUGGUUUCAGACGGCGCCCACAAAAACCUGCCCACAAUGUAGAAAACAGGUCAGCACCAGACACAUUAUCAGCAAGCUGUUCUUUGACAUUGGUGGAGAGGAGGAGGCGACAGCGGACCCUGAGAGCUUGCAGAAUGAGGUUGAUAGGAUGAAGGCAAUUUUAAGCUCUAAAGAGCGAGACUGGCGGGACAAGCAGAAGGUGGUGGAGGGCUUGAAGGACACUGUGGAGAGGCAGCGGAGAGACCUGGACGGUGUGCGGAAAGAGUUCAUGGAAAAGGAGAUGCUGUGUUCUGCCCUCAGAAAACAGAUGUCCUACCUUGAGACACAACAGAAUGACGUUCAGUCAGCCAAGGAGGAAGCCCGGCGACUCAGGACCAAAAUGAAAACUUUUGAAAGUUUGGAGGUGUUAUUACAGGGCCAGAGAGCUGAGGUGGAGUCCAUGAUCACAGAUAUGGGCAUCAGCCAAGCAGCAAUGGAGCAACUCUCUAUCUAUGUAUCUCUCUCAAAAAAGUAUGAUAAUCUAAAGGGAAGCCUGAAAUCUUCAAAUGACAUGUGUGAGAAGCUAAAGCGAGAAGUGCUCACCUCAAACAAUAAGUUACACAAAGCCACACUGGAGGUGAAGCAGACCAACGAGGACAUGAAGUCACUGCAGAGCGAUUUGGCCAAUGCUGACAAAGAGAUCUCUAGUCUGAAGAAGAAAGUGGAGUUUCUGCAGAGGACUCUGAGCACUCCGACACGGACGAAUGAAGCCCUGAGUCGACUCGUUUUUGAGAGCCCAGCACCAAUGGAGCUGAAACAGCCUUAUCUCCACCACACGGCAGGCAGCGAUGAUAUUGACCUCAAUAUGACUUAUGACGUCACUACGCCUGAUAAUGUAGCCAAGAAGCCGAUGCAGGUCCCAUCAAAGAAGAUGCGGCUGGACCCUCCAGCGUCUUCUGUGUCCAAGCACAAUGAGAAAUGUUCAGCUAAAAGCAAGGCUCGAGAUGAGGAGGAAUCCAUUGAUCCUUUUUUCAGGAACUCGCUCCUCUUCAGAAAGAAGACGUUCGGUAGUAUGUUGGACCCUCAGAGGAAGCCAGGCACUGUGAGGACUGGCUAUGAUGGUUUAGGAGGACGUACUAAAUUCAUCCAACCUUCUCCUUUGUCAGAGAUUCGUCCGCUGAUGAAAGCUAAAAGGAAAAAGGUAACCAGGCCCCUUCCCAAGAUUGCGACCUGCCUGACAUUGGACAGCUUCCUUGAGUAAAUGACGACAUCCGUGUAUCUGCAAAGGGAAUCAAAGGACAGAUUGCUGCACAUGAUGAAGCAUAUUGGUGCUACUCAUCACCAAACAGGACUUCAUGUUUGAACUUUUAUUUCAAAAGCAGUAACUGACCAUAAAUGUGACACGAGGUUGAGCGUUUGGGCGACAUCAGUCAACUUGCUGUAUAUAGUUUUUUUAAGUGAUGACUAGAACUGAUGAACGUGUGUGUGUGUG